GUCUCACCAAGGAGUGUGAUCGGAGAGGGGACCCACACACAAGCGAGAAGAGAGACAGAGCGAGAGAGAGACAAGGUGUGGAAUUUUGAGAUCCAGCCAUGGCUCAGAAACCUGCGACAAUGCAGAUUGGCAUCAUAGGAUUUGGGCAUUUAGGACAAUUUCUUGUGGAGAGAAUUCAGAAGGAGGGACCAGAAAUGGGACUUAGCUUGGCAUUUGUGUGGAACAGAAAUAUAGAGAAACUCAAAGAUUCAGUACCUGAAGAACUCAUUCUCCAUAGCUUACCGGAGUUUCCACAAAGGGGAGCUGAUGUGAUUGUGGAAGUAUGUCAUCCUCAGAUUGUAAAAGAAUUUGGGGCCCAGUUCCUUUCAAAAUCUCAUUUCCUGGUGGGAAGCCCCUCAGCCCUGUCAGACCCUAACCUUGACCAGGAGCUGCGCCGUGCUGCAAAGCAUCAUGGGAAAACACUUUAUGUACCCAGUGGAGCAUUAUGGGGUGGGCAGGACAUACAGAAGCUAAAUGACUGUGGAACUUUGACAGCCCUAACCGUCAGGAUGUCUAAGCAUCCAUCCUGUUUCCGUCUGUCAAAACACCUCCUAAGUGAUUGGUCAGAGGGGGAGGGUAGGCGGGUCAUCGUCAGUGGUCCUGUUGCAGAUAUCUGUCCACUCGCCCCGAACAAUGUCAACACCAUGGCAGCGGCCGCUAUUGCUGGGUCAACACUGGGCUUCACAGGAGUCCGAGGCGAGCUUGUGUCAGACACAGCCCUGAGAGAUUAUCAUGUGGUGGAAGUAGAAGUGACCGGUGUGGAUGGAUUCACUGUGAAAACCGUCAGGAGGAACCCAGCCAAAUUAGGAGCCGUGACUGGCAACGCCACCUAUAACUCCUUCUGGAGCAGUUUACUAGUUUGCAGAGGCCAUGGAGGUAGAGUCUACCUGUGCUGAGAUUACAAGCUUUGUUGAUACGUUCACCUGUUUUGUUACCGAUGGCUAUACAUCUCAUCUGACCAUAGUAAUGUACUUAAAGUAAUUAAAAGUGCUCAGUGUUUUGAUGUUCAUACUAAUUCAGUUUAGUGCGUUUGUUGAGUGUACUGCAAGAAUAAUACUGUGCAAAAGCUGAUAUUAAAAUUCCAACAAUAAAAAUAUAUGAAAUGGACAAA